UGGCAUAUUUUAAAAUUACCAGAAAUCGAAGCCAGAAAAUGGAUACGGCUGCUUUUACUGUGAGCUGCGUUAACAAAGGAGAUGUAAUGCAUGAAAUAAAAACACCUCCCUGCCCCCCUCCUUUUUUUUUUUUAAGACAGUAAUAGGAGAAAAUUGGUUUUGAAACUGAAUAAAAGUCCCUUUCAGAGGAAAUCAUUUCUUUCAGGGUACCUUUGCUGAAAGUAAAAUAGUGAAUAAUGAAAGGUGGUUACAUGAUUGUCUUUCAUUUAGAGAGCGCGAGGACAGAUGGAAUCUGGGAGAAAUGCACGAUUGGAAUAAUUGCAUGGUAACAAGGCGCUUGUUGUGAAAUUAGUAUCUUAAGAAAGUAGUGAAAAAGGCUUUUACUCAUGAAUACUUCAUUAUUAGGAGAAAACAGCACAAUUUGGGUUCUCCAGACACCUGCUUCGUAUUAGAUGACUUCCUCCUCCCCUCCUGCUCCUCACACCUUUCGCUAACGAGUCUCUUCCCUUGGCCCCUGGUUUGCAGCAUGGAGGGGAUGGGGUAAACCCCCCCCCCCCAGCAUCCUUGGGCAGAGCCUGGCCUUUGCACUGACACCCCAUGUGGGUCCCAUCGCCAGCUUGGGACCUCCCUGCCCGGCAGAGUGGGGCAUGAUGCGGGAGCGAGCAGCACGGGUACCAUGGGCUGCGUGUCCUUAGUGACUGCAAAGGUGUGUUUUGAAGGGUGACAUUGAAACCAGUGGAGCAAGGAGAGCCCCGGGCACAGCUCUGGAACCACAUCCCUGCUUUGCUGCCUGAUGGGCACAGGCUCUGCUGGUGCGAACCCAAGGCCACCGCACGCUCCCCUGCACACCAGUCGCGGCACUGUUUGCCAACACUGAGGCAUGUGGGAAACGUCCCAGCUGGCUGCAGGAGGAUGAUUCCCGCACGAUGGAGCAUGUGAAGUGAUGUACCCGGCUGUGACCCCCAUCUGUGACCCCCAUCUAUGACACCCAGUAAACAUUCAGCCGGGAGGGCGACGGCUCCGAAGCCACGACGCCGGAGGACGGGCACUGCUGCCUGUUUUCUGCUGCUCCUGCCCACGUCUCCCUGCCCUCUCCAAGUGGGAAUAUCACUCCCUGCGCCAGCCGGAGCAGUGGGAGGGUGUCAGCAGCAACUGGUUAUAAUUCAUGCCCUCGGUGGCGGCUGCUGAAGGAUGUACAAUGAGCAGAGCGGUGGCGGCGAUGACUUUGGCUUGACCCCUCAAGCUUUUGUUGAGCAGAUUUUUGAUGCCAGCUGGGAGCUGGCGACAGAUCCCAGGACCCCGAGUGGGAUUUUAACACUGUCUUUCCCCAGCCUUGCCCGGAGCCGGCGGGAUCACUGUAUUGCCAGGAGGCACUGACUGGCACGCCGGCAGAGCGGUCUGGCACUGGUGCCGGAGAGGCAUCCCGGCUCUGCCCCAUUCCCGCUGGGAAGGGUGGAAAGCUUUGCAGGAAGCACAAACCGCCCGCUGAGACCUUCAUGUUUAUUUUAUAUACAUUCAUAUUUCUUUAAGGCUCUCAGAGUUGUUAUCUGUGAAGGAGGGAAGGGCUCUGAGCAGCGUGCGGCACCGGGGGCUCCUGCUGCAGCUCCAGUGCCCGGGGAGCGGCUGGAUGGGCAGGAUGGUGAUGGGCAGCUCCUGACCGGAUUCUCUCUCCUGUUGGCAGGGCACAGGCCGGUGGCGGGGCCGGCGCUGCCCACCCGGAGGCCAGGACCAUGCUGGCGUGUCUGCAGAGGACCCAGAACCCCCCAGCCCAGCACCUCGCCUGCCCCAACAAGGCGCUGGAGCCGCGCAAGUGUGAGACGGCGGCACCGAUGCAUUCCCCGCGCUACCCCAGCCCCGCCGAGCUGGAUGCCUACGCACAGAAGGUGGCCAACAGCCCGCUGACCAUCAAGAUCUUCCCCACCAACAUCAGGGUCCCCCAGCACAAGCACCUUAACCGGACGGUCAAUGGCUACGACACCACGGGGCAGCGGUACAGCCCCUACCCCCUGCAUGCCGGCGGCUACCAGGGUCUCCUGGCCAUCGUCAAAGCCUCCGGCAAAAGCGUGGUGAAGAACUCGGAGGGGAAGCGGACUAAGCUCUCGCCCGCCCAGGUCGGCGUCGCUCCCUACCCCGCGUCAAGCACUUUAGCUCAAGGUCCCUCCUGCGCCGGGCAGCUGAGCUACCACGGUGGCCAGAAGCAGCUGGAGGGUCCCGUGCCCCCCAACGUGACGGUGGCAGCCUCCGUGCUGCCGCUGGCGGGCAGGAGCCUGGCGCUGCCGCCGUCCAACCUGCCCUCCAUCCAGAGCAUCAUCUACCAGAUCAAUCAGCAGUGCCAGGCGCAGGGUGCCCAGCCAGGCUGCCCGGCCGUGGUGGCCACCAACCCCAGCCCGGCCAAGCACGGCGCCUUCACCGGUGCCUACGCCGGUGCCGUGCUGCCCGAGUGCCGCAAAGGUGCUGAGCUGGCGCUGGGCUCCAACCCGACCACGGUGCUGGGACCCAAGGCGGGUGUUUACCCCGAGGGCAUGGACUACCUGGUGUGGCAGCAGAAGCAGCAGCAGCAGCACCUGCGGAUGUACAGCGGGGGCAGCGGGGGGGCCCUCAGCAAGUCCCCCGAGACGUGCGCGGGUGCGUCGCGGCCCUACGCGCUGGGCGGCGCGGCCGAGAAGGUGAGCUCGUCCCCCUUGAACUGCAUGCACGGCAACUUCUCGGUGGGGCAAUACUUCGCCCCCCCUUGGAACAGCAUCUUGGUGACCCCCAACAGCGACUGUUACAACCCGCCGGAGCUGGGGGCCGGGCCCCGCGAGCUGGGGGUGCCCCCGGGCGAGGGGCUGCCCAGCAAGACGCUCUGCAAUACCUCCAUCCUCAGCAGCAGCCUCCAGUCCCUGGAGUAUCUCAUCAACGACAUCCACCCGCCCUGCAUCAAGGAGCAGAUGCUGGGCAAGGGCUACGAGACCGUGUCUGUGCCAAGGCUCUUGGACCACCAGCACGCCCACAUCCGCCUGCCCGUCUACAGAUAAGGAACCGAUGCUGCUUUUCCCAAACCCAGGGCGAGGAUUCCGGCGCGAGCCGCGCUCCCCUCCGGCACCGCGCGGGUCCCGGACCGCGGCAGCGACGGUGGCAGGGGGACGGGGAGGGGGACACACGGGGUCGGCUGCCGAAAGGGCUCCCGGGACACUGGCAUUUCCCCGGGGUCCCCAGACUGGAUACACCCGCAUCCCGCUGGAAGGACGAAGGACCGCUUGUCUAUCUCUAUAGCUCAGAAAUCAUUUUAUCUCCACGAAUGUGAACAGGGAAUCGCUACGAGUUGCUGCUAUCCAGGGAGAGGAGGCUCCGACCCUGCGGGCACCCGGCCGGGUCCGUGCGGGGCUGAGCCCUGUGCCAGGCUCACCGCAGCCGGUCCCAGCCCGGCGCCCGCAGGGAGCUGGCGCCUGACCUGUAGCUGAAGUCCGUAACUUGCACUGCUUUGAUUAAAGCUAAUAACUGGGGACAGUCUGGAGGCUAUUUAAGAGAAAAACACUUGAAAACUUGAACAGAUUAUUUUGUUUUCUAAGUUUUGUUAUUUUUUUUUUAGUUGACUAGGCUGUACAUCUACGUGUUGGCUGCUACAGAGUCUCCUCACACCCCUCUUCCUCCUCCUCAUCCUCCUCCUCCUCGCCCAGCCCCACGUUGGCCACUGGCUCUUAUUCCCAUUCAACCAGGGGGUUCAGUGCCCAGAGGGACCCCCCCAGCCCCUUUCCUACCCCCAGGUCUCACACUUCCAGGCUGUUUUAUUUCCCUCUUUACUGUCAGUUCUACCUUGGUGCUGGGUUAGAGGCGACCGCGGUACUGGGGCACUCACAUACCUCCUCUUUUUCUCUUUUCAGUUCCAAAAUGCUCAUUAGGGUCCGUUAUUCACUAUGUGUAAUUACGUCUUUAAUAGAUUUAUUCAUUUAAAAACGGCUCCACACCACAGAAUACAAAGUGUUUUGAUGUCUAAUGGAUAAAGAACGAAAAAUACCCCGAUGAAACCCAAGGUGAUUGUGCUCGGAAGAGAGGUACUGUAUCCCUGAAAGGCCUGUUCAAGCACUAAGUGCAUUUACAAAUCUCUGAGAAUGUUUUUUCUUUUAUACUAAAAUUGACCAUUAUAUUCUACUGUGAGAAGUGCUGCUGCACUAUAUUGUUUUAAAACAAAUGAAGAAAAGAUAAAAAAAAAAAAAAGAAAGAAACACAAAACCCACAAGCCGUGUGUCCGGAUGGUGUUUUUCCCAAAGUAAAAGCCAGGAUAUCGCUG